GGAGUGUAGGCAGCGGUGCUGCUGCUCGCGGGGUGCCGGGCAGAGGAAGCAGGCAAGGCGGGUGCCGCUGGCCGGGCCGGAGGGGCGCCUCAGUUCCGCCGGGGCUCCGCGGUGCGGGACCCGGGACCCAGGAGGAGGCAGCGCCCCCGCUGUCCGGGGCCGGGCUCGGUGCCUAACCGGAGGGGGCUGCGGCCGGACGUUCCCGGUCCCGAGCCUCCCGGACUGGCCCCGGGGCACCUCGGCUGCCCCCCGGCGGGCGCCCUGAGCCUCCCGGUACUCACCUGCGCAGGCCGCCUGGCACCCAGGUGCGGGGGCGUGUGCGCAGCAAGGGCGCCUCCCACGGCCGCUGGCGGGGCGGGGGCGGGGCCUCCCGCCGCUCUCGACCUCACCGGUCCGUCCGCCCGCCUCAGUCUCACCGGUCCGCCAGCUGCGCCGGGUCGCGCGGCGUGAGCUCCCGGGGGACCGCGGCUCGGGAUGCUGCCCGCCGGCGUGGCCGCCCACCGCCCCAGCCCCGGCCUCCUGGGCCAUGCCUUUCUGUUUACAUGCCGGUGAAGCCCCCGGCCGCUCAGAGCCCUUCCGAGCCCCGGCUCCGCGACGGUGAAGCCAGCCGGCCCGAGAACUGGACUGGCCGCUCGGGUCGAGGUCCUCCGGACUCGGAUCUCCGCCCGCUCCGCCGCCUCCGCCACCAUCUGGGCGGGAUCCGCCUCUGGUGUUUUGAGGAGGGGGUGUGGUGUAGGGAAAGGAAUCCUGGGGAUUUCUGGCACCCCCCACUUUUUUUUUCCCCUGGCCUUUGGGGCUUCAGACUCAGGGAACUCGCUCAUGGCUUUCUUGAUGAAGAAGAAGAAAUUUAAAUUCCAAACCACUUUCACCCUGGAGGAGCUGACUGCGGUCCCAUUCGUGAAUGGCGUCCUCUUCUGCAAGGUCCGGCUGCUGGAUGGCGGGGAUUUUAUCAGCUUGUCGUCCAGGGAGGAGGUGCAGGAGAACUGUGUGCGCUGGCGUAAGCGGUUCACCUUCGUGUGUAAGAUGAGUGCCAACCCGGCCACCGGCCUGCUGGAUCCCUGUAUCUUCCGUGUGUCUGUGCGCAAGGAAUUGAAAGGCGGGAAGGCUUACUCCAAGCUGGGCUUUGCUGACCUGAACCUGGCUGAGUUUGCAGGCUCGGGCUCCACGGUGCGCUGCUGCCUGUUGGAGGGCUACGACACGAAGAACACCCGCCAGGACAACUCCAUUCUCAAGGUCACCAUUGGAAUGUUCUUGCUUUCAGGAGACCCUUGCUUCAAGACGCCGCCGUCCACUGCCAAGUCCAUCUCUAUCCCAGGCCAAGACUCCUCCCUGCAGCUGACGUGUAAGGGGGGUGGGACCAGCAGCGGCAGCAAGAGCAGCACCAACUCCUUGACAGGGUCCCGGCCCCCCAAGGCCCGGCCCACCAUCCUCAGCUCAGGGCUGCCAGAGGAGCCGGACCAGAACCUGUCCAGCCCCGAGGAGGUGUUCCACUCUGGCCACUCCCGCAACUCCAGUUACGCCAGCCAGCAGUCCAAGAUCUCCGGCUACAGCACAGAGCACUCACGGUCCUCCAGCCUCUCUGACCUGACACACCGCCGCAACACAUCCACCAGCAGCAGUGCCUCUGGGGGCCUCAGCAUGACGGUGGAGGGGCCUGAGGGGAGCGAGCGUGAGCACCGGCCCCCGGAGAAGCCUCCAAGGCCGCCCCGGCCCCACCUGUCAGACCGCUCAUUUCGGCGGAAGAAGGACUCCGUGGAGAGUCACCCAACCUGGGUAGACGACACACGAAUUGAUGCGGACGACAUCGUGGAGAAGAUCAUGCAGAGCCAGGACUUCACAGACGGCAGCAACACUGAGGAUAGCAACCUGCGGCUCUUUGUCAGCCGGGAUGGCUCCACCACGCUGAGUGGCAUCCAGCUGGCCAACAGGGUCUCUUCUGGGGUCUACGAGCCAGUCGUGAUUGAAAGCCAUUGAGGAGCAGGUGUGCAGGCUGGAGGAGGGGCCCUGCUUACUUGGGCACCCAGACCCAUGUCAUUCCACAAGGGACUGUCCCUGUUGGCUGACCACCGCACACCACAUCUCAUCUGUGCCUCUUUCAUGUACUCUAUCCAGCCCCACUCCUGCCCAGACCAUCAUUCCAUUGUCCUCCCAGCCUGCCAUGACCCUCCUGGCCCAUCACGGCCGGGGCACCACUGUGAAUAUUCUCUGAACCACUAGAGGGCAGGACGUACAGGCCUGUGAAGCAGGUGGGCAGGACAAAUGGGCCAGGACCACUUCACUGGAGGCUGACUUGGCCCCACAGAGGUGACCUCCGUGCGGCAGCUUCUGCACAUUUGUUGACACUUGGGGGCCGAGGGGGUCACUUGCCCUAUGCCAUACUCAUUAUCAGAGCACCUGCUCAGCCACAUUCUGGCAGAGCUUGCUCUGCUGCCCCCAUGUCCCCAGAAUCCUGCCACUGUGGUCCUGUGACUGCUUAGUGCUUCAGUUGUUGCUUCCUGUGCCCUGGGGGAUCUGCUGGCAGCCUCCUCCAGGCAUCCAAGACCUCAGAUCCUGCCCCAUUCCAGACUGCAACCCAGCCCCAAUGAAUGUCCCCUUGCUGCCCUGGCAGCCUGCACUUUGCACUUGCUUAUCUCCAGCACAGCCCCAGCAGCCCCUACCUGCCCCUCAGAGUCCUUCCCCAGGCUUCCUGGGCACUUCCUGCUGUGCAGUCAGUGUCCAGGGCCCAGCUGGCACGUGGCUGGAACACGGCACCACCUCUCCCCCCUUUGCUCACUAGCUCAAGCCCAGGCUGAGAAAGGGCAUUCUCUUCUGCUUGGGGCUGGGUCCUGAGCAGCUGGCUUCCUAUAGGAAGCCAGGGAAGGUGCCUCCCAAGCCCUCGGAGUUUGGGGGGCCCCAGUCAGCAGAGCUUGGCAAGCAGAGGCCCUCUCUCACCCCUCUGGCUCAGCCAGUCAGAGCUGGCUUCCUGGCUGGAAAUGCCUCAGCCCUCCUCUAAAAGCACCCCUACUUCUCAGCAAGGAGAGGCAGGACCUUUUCAGGGGUGCUUCCCCUGUGGGGAGCAGUCUGACCCUGUCUCCCCACCCCCGUCCCUGUGCUUACUAAAACCUCUGCUCUGCACUUUCUCCCUGAAUCCUCUACUUGCUUGAAGGCGGGUUCUGGCUGUCAGCCAGGGCCUGGGCAAACACACCCUCCCUCCCUGCUUCUCUUAAAUGUCACUCAUUUUGUAUAAACCCAGCAGGCUGGUGUUUAUUUAGCCCUAAAGUUUUUUCUUUGCUUUGUUUUUUUUCUUUCUUCAUACCUCUUUCGUCCUUUCUGUUUCCUAGUUCACUUUGGUAUUUUCUCCACCACCCCCCAGGUGAGGGGAGGUACUUCUGUUCUCUGGAUUACCCGCUGGCUGGCACCAGCAGGGCUGGGGGUCUGGAUAGGGGACCAGGACACGGGCUUUCUCUUGGGUGGGGGUAAAGGUCACCUCCCCAGGCUGGGAGGUGUCCUGGCUCCUCUGCCCCAGCUGGCAAGAGUUCAAAGCUUAAUCUUGAAGUCUCCUGGCAUUGGGACCAGAACAUUUCUAGGAUUUUGUUGCUAUUGUCAUCAUUGUGUUUAGUCACCUAACGCUUAGAAAAUGGAUAUUAGAAGGAGCCUGCUGAGGCAGGACAGAGUGCGCGCUGACUGGAUAUAGCUCUGGUCAGCUCUGGGGGUGGGAGGAGGUCCCUCCUGCCCUACAGACCCCUGGCACUUUAGAAGGGAGCUGGCUACUCUGUCUCCAGGUGAAGUGACCCCUCCACCCAAAGAUGGAGAUGUACUUUUAGGACAUAUUUAGGGUUAGGCUGGUUCCGAAUUAAGGGGGGGUAGUGUUAGGCAUGAAACAGCUGGCUUUGGUGCUACUGGGAGGACUCCCCUAAACCAGUAGCCUCAGCCUGUCAGAGGGGAGAACUGAGCUUGACUGACAGUUGCCACAGAGGGAGACCCAAGCCUGCCUCAUCCACCCAAGCCAGGCCCCCAGCUGGGGUAACAACUAACAGAAUUUGAUCACAACCAAAUUAAGACUGGCUGAAGCCUCAGCUAGGAUCCCUUUCUUCAGCCCUCCAGCCCCUCAAGCUCAGUGAAUCCCCACUAGAUGCCCACAGCUCCUGGACUUAAAAUUCUAUAAUAGAGAGAGACUAUAUAGAGCUAUUUUUGGAAAGGAAUUGGUCUAUGCAAUGCCAGUUUGGAAUCUUCUUGAAAGACAGUUUAACGUUUUUACUAGGAAAUUUAAAGAAAAUAGAAGUCUACAAUAUUUUUAAGGUUUUUCUGGUCACCCACAAACUGACCACAUGACAUGAUCUGCCAGGAUGGAAAAUGUCCAUGUUUUUUCUCCUUUUAAAGAGUUGAGCAGGGAUAUGGGGGGGGGGUGGCAUUUUAUUCAACACCCUCUUUCUAACAAUGUUGCCACCCCCACCCCACCCCAAUUCAGUGGGCUGUGUUUGUAUCUCUGUCCCAGCUCCUAUUGUAAAAAUAACAUUGUAAGGGGAAAUCAGCCUAGUGUCAGUGUCUUGGUUUGGGGAAAAAAUUAAAUGUUUUCUUUUUACGGCA